UUAUUAGACGAAUCCUUACAUAUUAAUAUAAAAAUAUGAAACAAUUUCAAAAUUUAAAAAUAAUUUUUAAAUAUGUCCUGAGUUUAACAUUAAUUUGUCUAAACUGUCGGUCAGUUGUAAAAGGGAAUACUCAUGCAUUAUUCUAUAAGAUAACAGCAUUGCCAUUAGUGCACUUCGGCAAAAAUUAUCAACUUGUUAAUAGAAUUCGUUCUAUUCAGCAAAAAUUCAAAUCGCCCUUUAUAAACAAUAUACCAUUGGAUGAAGGAUACAAAACAAAAAUCAGUGACGUGGCAUUAUUUCACGCGGAUUAUCACGUGAUUAGACAUGUCAACGUUGAAAAUAUUCUUACCGCUCUAUUUCCUCUUAGACCAAAAUUAUUUCAAUUAGAUUCAAAUAAUGAUGGUUUUCACAUUAAUCAACUAUCCAAAAAUGGAUACAAGAAUGAUAAGAAUUUUUUUUUAAGUAUGGAACACCGUUUUCAAACAACACCUCUAACUGUUUUCAGGCUUUCCAUUAAUAAUAACGCUGGGACUUCAAGAUAUAUUAAUCAAAGGCGACAUACUAGUCACAUUAGUCGCCUUAGAAGGCAAAGAAACGUAAGUAGAAUAUAUCGAAGACAUCAACGUAAUGCAUCAGCCAAUAACGAAGAUACUAUGAAUAGAAUCAUGAAUCUUCCACCUCAAAUUACGAAUGACCAGUCUAUAUAUCAAUUUUUCAAUGGAUUUUCAUUCAAUUAAAAAAAAAAAGUAAAAUUCCCUUAUUAUAUGUUGGGGAUUUUACAUUAUUAUUUAUAAUUAUUUUUCACGUUUAUAGUAUUUUAAAAAUUAAAAAUAUAAAUAUUGUACA